AGUCAUCUGUGGAGAAUCUGUCAUUCGCAUAUAGGCACGGCUAUAUUCAAACCGAGCUUCAUAUAGUUGCUAAGAGUUGAUACACCGCUGUGAAUUUUUCGUGUUUAAUUUGUUGGAAAAAUUUAGCAAAUCCGCAACAAAAUGAUGAAAAUGCAACCACAAAUCGUUUUGCUGAAAGAGGGCACGGAUACGUCACAAGGAAAGCCGCAAUUGAUAUCAAACAUAAAUGCGUGCCAAAUGAUUGUUGAUGCAGUGCGUACAACACUCGGACCCCGUGGCAUGGACAAAUUGAUUGUCGAUGUGAACGGUAAAGCAACUAUCUCGAAUGACGGUGCGACAAUCAUGAAAUUGUUGGAUAUUGUGCAUCCGGCCGCCAAGACUCUGGUCGAAAUUGCCAAGUCACAAGAUGCCGAGGUCGGUGAUGGUACCACCAGUGUUGUACUGUUGGCCGGUGAAUUUUUGAAGCAAAUCAAACCAUUCGUUGAAGAAGGCGUUCAUCCGCGCAUUAUUAUCAAAGCUGUUCGUCGUGCAUUGCAAUUGUGUCACGAGAAAAUCAAUCAAUUAGCAGUGAAAAUCGACAAUUCAAACCCAGAAGAACAGAGAGCCCUGUUGGAAAAGUGCGCAGCCACCGCACUAAACUCGAAAUUGAUUCAUCAACAGAAGGAAUUCUUCUCGAAAAUGGUCGUCGAUGCCGUUCUCCUUUUGGACGAAUUGCUGCCAUUGAACAUGAUCGGUAUUAAGAAGGUGAGCGGUGGUGCCUUGGAAGAUUCACAGCUGAUUUCGGGCGUUGCUUUCAAAAAGACCUUCUCAUAUGCUGGCUUCGAAAUGCAACCGAAAACAUACAAAAACUGUAAAAUCGCCUUGCUUAACAUUGAAUUGGAAUUGAAAGCCGAACGUGACAAUGCGGAGGUGCGCGUUGACAAUGUCAUUGAAUAUCAGAAAGUUGUUGAUGCCGAAUGGCAAAUUUUGUACGACAAAUUGGCUAAAAUUCACGAAUCGGGCGCCAAUGUGGUUCUAUCGAAACUACCAAUCGGAGAUGUGGCCACACAAUAUUUUGCCGAUCGUGACAUGUUCUGCGCUGGACGUGUCCCAGAAGAAGACUUGCGGCGGACAAUGAAGGCUUGCGGUGGUGCCGUUAUGACCACGGUCAACGAUUUGAAUGACAGCGUUUUGGGUAACUGCACACUGUUCGAAGAACGUCAAAUCGGUGGCGAACGUUUCAAUAUUUUCCAAGGCUGCAUCAACGCAAAAACAUGCACCCUGAUCUUGCGGGGAGGCUCCGAACAGUUCUUAGAAGAAACUGAGCGAUCAUUGCACGAUGCCAUUAUGAUUGUUCGUCGUACGAUCAAGAAUGACUCAGUCGUUGCCGGUGGCGGAGCCAUCGAAAUGGAAUUGUCAAAAAUGCUACGCGAUCACUCACGCACAAUUGCUGGAAAAGAACAAUUGCUAAUCGGCGCCAUUGCCAAGGCUUUGGAGAUUAUUCCACGUCAAUUGUGUGACAAUGCCGGUUUCGAUGCAACAAACAUCUUGAACAAAUUGCGUCAAAAGCAUGCACAAGGAAAUGCUUGGUACGGUGUUGAUGUGGGCAAAGAGCACAUUGCCGACAAUUUCGAAGCAUGCGUCUGGGAACCAUCAGUGAUUAAAUUGAAUGCAUUACAAGCAGCCGGCGAAGCAACCUGCUUGAUUCUGUCUGUGGAUGAAACAAUCAAAAGUCCCAAAGCAGGUGGCGAAGCACCACAAAUGCCCGGUCGCGGUAUGGGACGACCAAUGAUGUAAUCUGAAUCAACCCCAAUCUAUCAUUCAAUAUCACAAAGCGAUCAAAACCAAUUGCAUCUGAUUAAAAACGCAACUUAAAUAUUCUCCAGUAUAACAUCAGUCAUCAUAUUUUCGCUCGGCAUUGCUUAAUUUCUUUGGUUAAUACCUCGAAGAGCGGAAAUUAACAAGAAAAUCAUUAAUUUUUACUAAUUUUCAAAGCAUUUAAUCAUAUAUUUCUAGCACCACGAAAUGAUUAAAAAAAAAUAAUAAACAAAAAGUUUCAUUAAGCUUUAUCACACAA